AUGCGAGUCCCCACGGAAAUCUUACGCCGGAUUAUUCAGGAUGCAGGACGUAUUCUGCCCAUACGAGAUCUGAUGUCGGCAAGGCUUGUCAAUAGUAAGCUGAACUUCAGACCGUUCAUCCCUACAAACCUGGCUAAACAAGCUAUUCUAGCCUUUUUCGCGGAUGAGAUCAUAGCGUUGAUUAAGGCGGAUCCUCGAAAGUCCCUCCGCUACAUGGUAGAACUUCAUUCCAGUCAGUGGUCAUUGACUGUUCACAGAAUACUGGAUCUGCCAAACGAGAGACUCACGCCAGAGGAUGAUGAAUUAUUGAUCGACAAAUUGAUCGACGCCUGGCUCUGUGGUCACAGAAAAUCUGAUGACUUCGGCCACCCGGAAUAUUCCAGGGCCCGUGAAUCUAUUGAGAAAACCCUCCAGGUUGCCCUCAUGACCAGUGCCAUUACCCGAGGGAACUGUACCGAAUUACAAGCCCUUAUCGAUCAAGGCGUCAGAUUAGACAUAAGAAGUGAUUGCUUAUGUCUGGUUCCAAUCGACAUUGCAAUAAAAAAGGGAUCCGGUGAUAUCACCCGAGUGAUCAUUGCGAAUGAGUCCAAGUUGAUAUAUGAGCUUCCCUACUUGCGUGGUUCAUACAGCUAUACCAACGUGAUAUCCGUGGCCGCUAGAAGUGGUAAUAUAGAGGGACUGAAAGUAUGGAUUCAAUACCUCAGAGAUACGGGAAAGGGGAUCCCCGAGUAUGCGGGGCCUGCUUUUAGAAGUGCAGCUCGAAUUGGAAGAAUUGAUGUGAUUGAGUUUCUUGAAGAGGAAUGUGGGAGCGAUUUUAACCAGACUGUGCUGCUCCAUGAAAUGCUGAUGCAAGGCAUCGUAUCUGGCUCCGUUGAUUCGGUGAGGUACUUUCUUCUUCGCCUAGGAAACGACGCAGAGAUGUGGACAAGCCCGUUUCCGAAGGGGGGAUUAAUUGCAGCUCUACAGGAUUGCCCUCCUACUCAGAGACCAGAGGUCCUUAAUAUGCUUCUUCAACAUGGCUUAGAUCCAAAUAUGAGAUACCCAGGGUCGCCGAGGACUCCUUUGCAAGUGGCGCUGAAGCGGAAAGACUCCAAGUCUGCUUUGGUCCUGUUGAAACAUGGAGCCACUGUGGAUCUUCAUUCUAUGGGUUCGGCCUUUUUCCUCGACGCAAAGAAAGACUCAGCUCCUCUUGCCAGGAUCAUAUUAAGAGAAGCCAGCAUCCAAACAUUCGAAUGGAAGGGUAAGAGGUAUGUGGCACAGAAACGACCAAAAGAAGUGAGAAGGAUUGAGAACAUCAUGCUGGAACUAGGGUGGAGCAACGAAAAUGUGGAGGAGGCGCAAAUAGAAUAUUAUAUUCUUGAGUAUCCUUGA